UCACAUCCGUUGAUGUCUGCUAGCAAGGGGUGCUGAACUCGGUUGAUUCGUCGUACCUGCGAGCGUGAACGACCGAAAGCCAUCAACGUAGCCUUCAAGUUGGUAAGCAGCAGCAUCUGUAACACUAUUUCCUUUUUAUUUACUGCCCGCACGGUUAUCAACAAUGAGCUCCGUCUUGUUACAGCGAAAAGCAACAUCUGACUACGAAAAGUCACCAAAGCCGCAGCAAAAAGCCAAUUCAAAUGAGCUUGCUACACCACCAUCACAGCAACAGCAACCAGCGUCACCAUCACCCCAGUCGUCAGCUCCAUCACAACCCUCAUCCGAGCUGCCUCCUCCGUGGCGACUGCCCGCUGCGGUGUACGGCCUAGGCUACCUGGCCACCGGCACCUCCCUAGCUCUCAUGGGGCAGCUGGUGACCGACCAGGGCGCCUUCCACCCCUCCACUCAGCUAAUAGCCUGG